AUGAGCGCAACACCCCCACCACCACCACCAACUGUAACAGCAAAGGCUACGGGAGAGGAUUCUGGGGAUGAGUAUCUGUCUCAGGAUGAAGAAGUAUUUGAUGGUAAUGAUAUUGAAGGCAACGAGACUCGAAUUUACGAAGAAUCACUUGAUCUUGAUUUAAAAGGCAGCGGGCGGCAGGUUUGGCUGGUGAGGCUGCCGAAGUUUUUGGCAGAAAAAUGGCGUCAUAAAUCGAGUCUAAAUGGACAAGAGCUGGGUAAAAUCCGAAUCAACAAGGAUGACCAAAAAAUUCAAAUGUUCUUGAAUGAAACCGAAGAAAACAAUGAGAUUCCUCACCAAUACGAUCUAGAACUAACCAAAAAGCUGGUUGAAAAUGAAUACAUUUUCACCGAACAGAAUUUGAAGAAAUACCAGCAGCGUGAAAGAGAACUGGCCGCAGACCCAGAGAAACAAAAACAGGCAUUUAUAAGACGGCAGGAACGCGAGGAGGAAAUGCGCAAGAAACAACAACAGAUAAAACGUCGCAACAACAAACGGCGGUUCCAAAAUCGUGUGAUGACGGACCGCGACGGACGCGACCGCUACAUUCCAUACGUCAAGACCAUCCCAAAGAAAACCGCCGUUGUCGGCACUGUAUGUCACGAAUGCCAUGUUAUUCCUUCAAUGUCAGAUCCGCACUAUCACAAGAUUGUCGAGCAGCGUCGUCAAAUUGUACGCAACGUCCACAAACCCACGGUCACAGUACUAGAUCAAACUCCCGGUGUCACUAUGAGCCAUGCGGGGAUGUCGAUGCGCUCCGACAACUCCAACUUCCUGAAGGUCGCGCGUGAAAAGGCCAAGAACAACGUACGCGCCAUUCGGAUGCCCAAAAAGGAGCUUCUGGACUAUCUUUUCAAGCUGUUUGACGAAUACGAUUACUGGUCCCUGAAGGGUUUGAAGGAACGCACUAAGCAACCAGAGGUGUAUUUGAAGGAGUGCUUGGACCAAGUAGCCAUUUUGGUCAAGAAGGGUCCCUACGCUUUGAAGUAUACGCUGAAAACUGAAUACAAACGUCUGAAAGAAGCUGAAAGAGCUGCCAGGCUCGGAGAACUUGCUGACGACGAUGAAGAGUACAACGAAAAUGGCACCGGUUUCAACGACAAUCACGACGAUCCUAACAAUCAAAACCAAGAUGGAGAUGAUGAGAUCGAGAUGGAGGACGUGUUGUAG